CUUUCUUCUUCAACUCCAUCUAAAACCGAUCCAUCAGUAGCCAAAUGGUGGAAGACCACUGGAAAAUACUAUCAUCUCGCCAAUUCCAAAAAAUCCCUUUCCCUCUAUUUGGGCAAACAAGUGCUUGUCGAAAAUUACUCCUUAGGAAAAUCACUGACCCAAAAACAAAUUGUACAAUUGGCAUCAAAGGGUGAACAAAAAGAUGCCAUUAACGUUGUUUUGACCGCCUCUGAUGUUGCAGUCGAUGGGUUCUGUGUCAAUCGCUGUGGAACCCAUGGGUCUUCUAAAGGUUCUAUUAUUAGGGGCAAGACUUACAAAUUUGCUUAUAUUUGGGUUGGUAAUUCAGAGACACAAUGUCCUGGCUAUUGUGCCUGGCCAUUCCACCAGCCAAUCUACGGACCACAGAGCCCACCACUGGGUGCACCGAACAACGAUGUGGGUAUUGACGGAAUGGUGAUUAACUUGGCUAGCUUAUUGGCUGGAACCGCGACGAACCCAUUUGGAAAUGGUUAUUACCAGGGAGAGGCAGAUGCACCACUGGAAGCUGCUUCUGCUUGUCCUGGUGUCUAUGCCAAAGGUGCUUACCCUGGCUAUGCUGGAGAUUUGUUGGUGGACAAAACUACAGGUGCAAGCUACAAUGCACACGGUACAAAUGGAAGGAAAUACUUGCUUCCUGCUUUAUACGAUCCUACUACAUCUACAUGUUCAACUUUGGUCUAGAAAAUCGAUCGCAGUGGAGUAGAGGGAUAUUUUAUUUAGUGUAGUGAAUACUGUAAUUUUGAUUCAUUCAUUUGUUUUAGUCUGAGUAAUUAAAGAACAAAAUUCCUUUGGUUUGCUUUCACAAA